CCGCCCGGGUGCGCAGCGGCAGCGCACUGUGCCUGUGCGCCCAGGCGCUGCACGGCUGCAGGUGCAGCCGAGCAUCUCCACCCACGCGCGCAGCGGCAGGUGCCAGCCCUGCCGGCCGCUGCGCCCCUGCUCCCGCUGCCGCCGAUGCCGCUGCAGCGCGCGGCAGCGGCUGCGCAGCCUGGCAGCUGUGCCCGCUGCCGCCCCUGCCUGCGCAGCCGCAGCAGCGCACGCAGAUCCUGCAGCGCGCACUCUGCUCCGCGCCUGACGCGAACACUGACCGAAGUGACCCAUCCUCUGCGCCACCACCAGCUCAGUCUUCAGCAGGAGGCCCUGCGCUGACACCCGCCAUAUGCAUGAUGAUGGCGGAUGAUGAUACGGGCACGGCUUCCCGUUCCCGAGCCCCGCCACGGACGAACCUGGAGGCUACCAGUAUUAAACUCGGACCCUCCGCUCCGUCGUCUCCAUCGCUGGCUGCUGGGUGAGCUGCUCUCCACGCCGGCCACUGUCUGUCCUCCGUUGGGCUGCGCAGCGAGCCACCGCCGGUGCCGGGGAGGAGAUGAUGCUGAGCGGGCAGGGCGGCGGGAGGCGCCUGUUCACGGCGUCCCAGUGGCAGGAGCUGGAGCACCAGGCGCUCAUCUACAAGUACAUGGCGUCCGGCGCGCCCGUGCCGCACGACCUCGUCCUGCCGCUCCGCCUCGCCACCGGCGUCGACACGGCCCCCUCCCUCGCCUUCCCGCCCCAGACCUCGCCGUCCCUGGGGUACUGGGGCUGCUACGGCGCGGGGGCGCCGUUCGGGCGCAAGGCGGAGGACCCGGAGCCCGGGCGGUGCCGGCGGACGGACGGCAAGAAGUGGCGCUGCUCCCGGGAGGCCCACGGCGACUCCAAGUACUGCGAGAAGCACAUCCACCGCGGCAAGAGCCGUUCAAGAAAGCCUGUGGAUCAAGCGGUGGCGUCCUCCGCCACCUCCCCCGCUGCCGGCUACCGCCCGUCCGCGCUCUCCAUCUCGCCGCCGCGCGCGCCCGACGCCGCCGCGCCCGGCUUCGGCGGCCACUACCAGCAGCAACCCCAGCAUGGCGCCUCCUCCGCUCGCGCCCCCGCGCACCAGGCCGCCGCCGGGGCCCCUCUCCAGCUCCACCUCGAUGCCAGCCUCCACGCGGCGUCGCCGCCGCCGUCCUACCACAGGUACGCCCACGCGCACUACGCGCCGCCGCCGCUCUUCCCGGGCGGCUACGGCCACGGCCACGCGCAGGCCAAGGAGCUUCAGGACGCGGAGCUCAGGCGGCGGCACUACCUCGCGCUCGGGGCCGACCUGAGCCUCGACAAGCCGCCUGCCGCCGCCGCCGCCACUGAGAAGCCGCUGCGGCGCUUCUUCGACGACUGGCCGCGGGAGGGCGGCGACGCCAGGCCGUGGACGGUGGGGGCGGAGGACGCGACGCAGCUCUCCAUCUCCAUCCCCACGGCUUCCCCCUCCGACCUCGCCGCCGCUCGAUACCGCAGCGGGGAGUGACGGUGCAUUCCAUAGCUUCAAAGCCUGCACCAAAAACAGCGAGGAGUGAUCGGCGCAUGCCGCCUCUGCGUGUUCCCCUGCUCAGCAUGGAGAAAGGGCAUGCAGCGCAGCUCGGUCUGAAUCUGAAGCCUGAACCAAGUCAAGUAGUACCAGGAGUCUAGCUAGCCCUAUGUUUUGAUCAUCCUUGUUCUUUCACUUGUCUGUAUUUGCAGUAUCAAAUGUUAGUUUGUUGUUGUGUGUAACAUUUUCGUUUCAAGAGCUCAAGUGACGUGAGAGGUUGCUCCUAUCGUUGCA